ACCGCCUAUACUUAAUAUUCUUUCCAGUUAGCUUCCAUAUACCAUACCUUCUUUUCUCCGAGAUCUUGCAUACCUAAACAAGGCCUUUGCAAGCCUACCACCACCACCAUCACCAUCACCACUUGCUUGGAAUCAUGUUAUUCCAUUGGGCAACCCUAGCAUUGCUUUUUAUUCUUGUCCAAGUCGCCUUUUGCGCCGAAGACUUUUAUAAAGUUCUUGGGGUAAACCGACAAGCGACAGAUAAGCAGAUCAAAACAGCAUAUCGACAACUAAGUAAAAAAUACCACCCGGACAAGAACCCAGGUGACCCAACAGCGAAAGACAAAUUCGUCGAGGUCUCCGAGGCCUACGAGGCUCUGAUCGACCCGGAGUCCCGAAAGAUCUACGACCAGUAUGGCCACGAGGGCCUGAAGCAGCGUAGCCAGGGGGGCGGACACCACCAUGAUCCGUUCGACUUGUUCAGCCGCUUCUUCGGCGGGGGUGGUCAUUACCAGAGGGGACAGCCGCGCGGGCACGACAUCGAGAUCAAGGUCGGCAUCUCCCUGCGCGACUUCUACAACGGUCGAGACACGGAGUUCCAGUGGGAGAAGCAGCAGAUAUGCGAGGAGUGCGACGGCACGGGGUCGCAGGACGGCGUUGUAGACACGUGUCAUCACUGCGGCGGCCACGGUGUGCGCAUUAUUAAGCAUCAGCUGGCGCCAGGAAUGUUCCAGCAGAUCCAGACCACCUGCGACGCGUGCGGCGGUCGGGGCAAGACGAUCAAGCACAAGUGCCCGGUAUGCGGCGGCAACAGGGUUGUCCGCAAGCCAACUACUGUCUCGCUAAAGAUUGAGCGGGGCGUGGCCCGAGACGCCAAGAUUGUCUACGAAAACGAGGCCGACGCGAGCCCUGAUUGGAUCGCCGGGGACCUCGUUGUGACCCUCACCGAAAAGGAGCCCGAUUUCGAGAACGAUAACCCUGAUCACGUGGACGGUGCUUUCUUCCGCCGCAAAGGCAACGAUCUGUUCUGGCGAGAGGCGCUAUCUCUUCGGGAAGCCUGGAUGGGCGACUGGACCCGCAAUCUUACGCAUCUAGACGGCCACGUCGUGAAAUUAAGCCGGAAGCGCGGCGAGGUUGUGCAGCCGGGUCAUGUUGAGACUAUAGAAGGGGAAGGCAUGCCGAUAUGGCACGAGGACGGUGACUCAGUGUAUCAUCAGACCCAAUUCGGCAAGCUAUAUGUCGAGUACGUGGUAAUACUGCCGGACCAGAUGGAGUCCGGGAUGGAAAAGGAUUUCUGGUCGGUGUUCCAGAAAUGGAGAGGUAAGGUCGGGGUGGACUUACAGAAGGAUAGCGGGAGACCGGAAGGCGCCGUGCCUAUAAAAGAAGAGAAAGAUGAGCUAUGAUGAAUGAUACCUGCCUAUAUAAUUGAUAGAGAGGGUGAGAGAUAUGAAAAUAAAAUGUACGAACAAUGUUGCAUAUAAUUAGCUGUGUUAGGUACCCCUAAUGUAUAAGGUGGUAUAUAUAAUAUGAGACGACGCUAGAGAAACAUGCUCAGAACAAGCUUAUAACUUCUACGAC